GUGUGCUGGAAAGAAUUUGCUCAUUUCUGCUCAGUACUACUAUUAUCGUAUUCUUCACCUCGCAUUGCCAAGAUGGUGAAGUUCACUUCAGCUGUGCUGGCUUUGCCAGCUCUGGUUAGCGCUGCCCACUUCAAGCGGGAGCAGUAUGAGUCUGGCGAGGUACACCAGAUGAUUCUGGAUAUGAAGAAUGCACAAUGGGACGCUCUCGAAGCCGCAGGUGCCCUCAACUCCAGCCAGUGGCCAUCAUGGAAGAACUGGGACCAACUCGAUCGCCGCGUAAAGCGCGACCGUCUGCGAUGCCGUGACGGAAAGGCCAUUGCAGAGUCAGGCAACCCUAUGCAGACUUUCCGCUGUGAUAAUAUGGAUCUGUACGAUUUCAUCAACCACAACGACUUGGGCGGUGGCGAAGCCGACCCUCGUUUCCCGAACCGACGAGGCUCAUCAGUCUGGGGUUGGGCAGGACCACGAGGACGUCAAAUUGCCCUUAUCGGCCAACACACUGGAACUGCCUUCGUUGAGAUCGAUCGCCGCGGCAAGAUGACCUACCUUGGACGUCUGCCAGCUAACGAUCCUCUUGGCUCGUCGUGGAGAGAAAUUCGAGUCCUGAACAACCUGGCCAUCAUCGGAUCUGAGGCUGUCGGCCACAAUAUCCAGAUCUUUGACAUGAAUAAGGUCGCUGCAAUCGAUCCCGCAAAUCCAGUCACCUUCAGCAGGAGUGAUGUGGAGAGUGUGUUUGAUGAUUUGCCCAUUGGCCGUGCACACAACGUUGUCAUUGACUGGGACAACGAAUAUGCCAUUGCGGUUGGCGCUCAGCCUCGCAACCAGACCUGCGCUGCCGGUCUCGAAUACAUUAACUUGGAUGAUCCAAGGAACCCCUUCAAGCCGGGAUGCGCCAGCUCCGAUGGCUACACACACGAUGCCCAAUGUGUGACAUACAAUGGUCCAGAUAGACGCUACCGCGGAAAAAACAUUUGCGUCGCAUACAACGAAGACUCCAUCACUGUGUGGGACAGCACAGACAAAGCCAACUCCGUGAUGCUCGGCCGUCUCGAAUAUCCUGGUGCCACGUACUGCCACCAGGGAUGGUGGACGGAGCGCAACUGGCACCAAUUCGUUCUGCUGAACGACGAGCUUGAUGAGGUGCAAGGUGUUGUGGCUGACGGUGUUCCCAUCACUCACAUCAUUGACCUGACAGAUCUUCGCAAUCCCAAAUGGACCGGCACCUUCAAGUCCACUGAUCACCGCGCCGUCGACCACAACCUUUACAUCGAGGAUGGCGUUAUGUUCCAGUCGAACUACGGCGCAGGUGUCUGGGUCAAGGACGUCCGAUCGAUCGCCCGCCACCCCGACGGAAGCCGUGUCAGCACCCUCGCAUUCUUCGAUAUGCACCCUGAGGACGAUGCGGCCGGCGGCUCAUUGGACUUCGUCGGCAGCUGGGGUAACUUCCAAUUCCCAUCUGGCUUUAUCGUUGCGAACACUUUCGAGCGUGGUGCUUAUGUGCUUCGUGUUGCCUCAGGUCGUGGUCGAGAUGGUGGCCGUGGCUUUGGUGGCAGGUCCAGGUAGAGCGCUUGAACGCUUGUAUAGCAGGAAGAUACCAAAGGGGCCUGAAUUGCGCAAAUGAAAUUCAUGAAACUCUUCAAGUUCGCUACUGUCCUCUGAUCAGCGUGUUGCCUUCCCUAUGACACUCUUCGACGCAUGCAAUUUUCCUGGUUUGAAUUCUCUCGUGCUGCUUUGUGCUCUGUUGCCUGAAUUGCAGCAUCGGACUUCGUCCGAAGUUAAGGAGAAAUUGGGAGCUUGUUGAAAGACACAGAGAUCAGAUUGUAUGCCCAGGUGUACAACUUCUAGAUCACUGGACAUCCUUCGGCCACGCAGCAUCAACCGCGGCGACCAAGAUCUCAUGCCACCUGCC